UCCGUGCAGUCGUCAGUCCAGCUUCUGGGUACCGGCUUCCCGCUGUCCUGCGCCUGGCGGGCUGGCAACGGGCGCGAGGAAAGCAGAGCAGCCUUCUGCAGGUCUGCGGGUCUAGGUGUCAAGUGUCGCGUCGGCGCACUCACGGCGAGAAUUGGGAGAAGGAGACAGCAAGGAUAGGCCCAGGAGCAAUGGCGUCCAAAGAGGAGCACGCAGUAAAAAAUCUCAACAUGGAAAAUACCGACCAGGAAAAUGAAAAAAAAGAUGAAAAGGAGCAAGUUGUUAAUAAAGGAGAGCCCUUGGCCCUCCCUUUGGAAACUGGUGAAUAUUGUCUGCCUAGAGUAAAUCGUAGGCGGUUCCGUGUGAGGCAGCCCAUCCAGCAGUAUAGAUGGGAUGUGAUUCAGAGGCUUGAAGAGCCACAGGGAAGGAUGAGAGAAGAGAAUGUGGAAAGAAUUGGGGAGGAGAUGAGACAACUCAUGCAAAAGCUGAAGGAAAAGCAGUUCAGUCAUAGUUUGAGGGCAGUUAGCACUGACCCCCCUCACCAUGACCAUCAUGAUGAGUUUUGCCUUAUGCCUUGAAUCCUGGUGUUUUCUCUGAAGUUAAUAGGGAGACACCUGCUUUCUAAACUUAUGUGUUCAUGAUAUAGCUUUGUUGUAAACCUUUUGAUGUCACUCAUUUCUAGUACGUCUAUUAUUACUUCGAGUUGAAUGUGUUUUUGAUCCAAUCUGUAAGAUUUUGUUAGCAGGAGAACUUUACCUAUUGCAUGGAGAGAUGGUCAUUAUAUUGUGAAACCAAUAAAGCAGUCUAAAAA